UCCCACAUCUCACCCUGAGACUCGAGAACGUCUCUCCCUCAAUCAUCAGAAUCAAACUCUCUCCUCUCUUACUCCCCAGCCCACUAGAGCCCACUAGAGUUUCUCUCAGUCACAUUCGCCGGCGUCUCGUCUCAGUCGCACUCGUCGGCGUCUCCUCGUUCGUCCCGCGGCCUUCCUCGUCGUCUCACUCGAAUUUCGUCCCUGGGCUCCUCGUUGCCGGCGGCAGAAGCAACUCGUGGGGGUUGUCGCUUGCUUCGUUGCCUUCCGUGGGGUCGGCGUCGCUCGUCGUCUUCUGGUUUCGGGUCCUCGCCGUCGCCGUGGACCGUGGGACGUUGAGACGUAUAGUGAAAUUGGAGUCUCGAGGACGAUUUUGAUACACGGAACCACUUUGGGACUUAAUUUGGAUUUUAUUUUGAGGUAUAAAAUUGUAAUACCAAAAGUACUCUUUCCACCAAUCGGCUUCGUUCAACACUGAUCAUAGUCACCUUCCCUUCUCCACCACCGCGUUUGAGCACUUCGGAGUCUCCGACGCACCCUUCUCCUCCUCCAGCUGCUGGUCCAGCAACACUUUAACGGAGAAACAACCCUUUCGUUCUCCGUUCGCCAGAAAUCCCAACCAUUGCUGGAUUUUGUUCCUCUUAUCGCAAAGCUCUGAUCUAAUUCACCACCAUGGCAAAGGGUAAAGCAACUUCAAAGCUCAACAUCGCUAUUAUUCACCCUGAUCUCGGCAUAGGUGGAGCUGAGAGAUUGAUUGUGGAUGCAGCUGUUGAGCUUGCAUCCUAUGGCCAUAAAGUUCAUAUUUUUACUGCACACCAUGAUAAAAAUCGAUGCUUUGAGGAAACUAUUUCUGGUACCUUUCCAGUUACUGUAUAUGGUUCCUUUCUUCCCCGGCAUGUAUUCUACCGUCUUCAUGCAUUGUGUGCUUACCUCCGGUGCCUAUUUGUUGCUUUCUGUAUGCUUUUUAUGUGGCCUUCGUUUGAUGUUAUAAUUGCUGAUCAGGUCUCCGUAGUCAUUCCCAUCUUGAAACUUAAAAGAUCAGCAAAGAUUGUAUUCUAUUGUCAUUUUCCCGACUUGUUGCUGGCUCAACAUACCACUUUCCUCCGGAAGUUGUAUCGGACACCGAUAGACUAUGUAGAAGAAGUAACAACUGGAAUGGCUGAUUUGAUACUUGUUAACAGCAACUUCACUGCUUCUACUUUUGCGAAUACUUUUAUACAUCUCAAUGCCAAAGGGAUUCGACCAGCUGUUCUGUACCCAGCAGUUAAUGUGGAUCAGUUCAAAGAACCAAGUUCCUUUAAGCUGAACUUCCUUUCCAUUAACCGCUUUGAAAGGAAAAAGAACAUAGAAUUAGCAAUUUUAGCUUUUGCUAUGCUUCAUUCGCCUGAAGCUUCGUUGACUGUUGCAGGUGGCUUUGACAUACGGUUGAAGGAGAAUGUGGAAUACUUAGAACAGCUUAAGGCUUUAGCUGAAAGAGAAGGUGUCUCUAAUAGAAUAAGAUUCAUCACCUCUUGCUCUACCACUGAAAGGAAUGCCCUGCUCUCGGAAUGCCUGUGUGUCAUUUACACUCCAAAGGAUGAGCAUUUUGGCAUUGUUCCGGUGGAGGCAAUGGCAGCAUACAAACCUGUUAUUGCAUGCAACAGUGGUGGACCAUUGGAGAGUGUGAAGAAUGGUGUAACAGGAUUCCUUUGUGAUCCUACACCAGAAGAGUUUUCUUCUGCAAUGGCUAAAUUCAUAAAAGAUCCCAAAGAGGCUGAAAGAAUGGGUAGAGAAGCUAGAAAGCAUGUGGUUGAUUCAUUCUCCACCCACACAUUCGGCCAAAGUUUAAAUAGGUAUAUAGUUGACAUUCACAGAGGAAAAGAGGACUGAUGUCACCUUUUUGAAUCAAAUUUAGCUUCUAGCAUGGGAUAUAACAUGAUUUUGAUACUCAAAAUUGGUUAACUUGGUUAACAUCUUAUAAAAGUGUUGGAAUUUUGGACCA